AUGGGCUGUGCGGGCAGCAAGGAGCCGUCUCCCACCCAGGGGGGGCAGGCGGAGACAAAGGCCAUCAAAUACGAGGGAUCCGUGCGGCAGCGCACCGAGGCCGAAAAGUCGUUCGCGAUGGCGAAGAAGGCGAGCAGCAAGCCGGACCCGAAGCUCGGCCUCGAGGAGAUCUUCGAGUGCGAGAAAUUCCUAGGCGAGGGCGGCACGGGGAAGACAUAUCUUAUGAAGUCGAUUGAGACCGGCGAGGAGGUCGCGGUCAAGGCGAUCAACCGGCCGGUGCUCAAGGACCUCAUGCGGCUCAUCAAGCGCGAGAUCAUGAUCCAGGCGGAGCUCGGAGAGGGCCACCGGAACAUCGUCAACCUCUUUGAGGUGCUGUUGACGCCCACGCACCUGUGCCUGGUGAUGGAGUACGUCCCGGGCGGGUCGCUGACGUCGUACAUCACGAGCAAGUUCCCCGACAACGAGGACACGUCCGGGAACGCGCGCGGCCUGUACAUCACCGAGGCCGAGGCCUGCUAUUUCUUCACCCAGUUCAUCAACGCCGUCGAGUACUGCCACACGCACAACGUCAUGCACCGCGACCUCAAGCUCGACAACACCCUCCUCACGGGGAAGCACCCGCCGGUGAUCAAGAUCUGCGACUUCGGCUUCGCGAAGUCGUGGAACCCCGCGAUGGCCGAGGCCGCGAACACCUCAACGCAGAUCGGCACGCCCGUAUACAUGCCGCCGGAGGUGCUCUCCACCGGCAUGUCCGGCAAGGCGUACGACGGCAAGGCCGCGGACGUGUGGUCGUCCGGCGUCAUGCUCUUCGUCAUGCUCAUCGGCGGCUUCCCGUACGACCACACGACGAACCCGGACCCCGACAACCCUGCGGCGCAGCGCGAGGUGCUGCUGCAGCAGAUCACGACGUCGUGGAAGGACUGCCACGCGCAGCCGUUCAUGAAGCGGCUCGUCGACAAGCUGUCGCCGGACCUGCGCGACCUGCUCGACCGCAUCUUCGUCACGGAUGCCACGCAGCGCAUUACGAUCGACGAGAUCAAACAGCACCCGUGGAUUGUGCGGGAGAUGGGCGCGAUGCCGGAGGAGUACCGGCAGGUGCUGGACGCGCUCGCGGACGAGCAGCGCGCGAUCAACCGCAAGGUCGCGCGCAACAAGCAGCUCGCGAAGGAGAUUGCGGGCGCGGCGCAGUUCCGCCAAACGAAGCUGACGCGGCUGCUGGACGCGGCGCUCAAGCCCGGGAAGGUCGCGGCGAUCAGCGAGGACCCGAUGCAGAUGACGGCCGGGGAGCAGGUCGAGCGGAUCGACCUGCGUCAGGGCAUUGACCACUUCGUGAAGGGCUCGGUGUCGUUCGCGAAGCUGCAGGCCGCGAUGGGGCCGGACCCGCUGGCGCCGUCGACGGUGGACAAGAACCCGCGCGUGUCGGCGGUGCCGGAGGAGCACCAUGAGAACGGGGGCAGCCGCGAGGAGCCUACGUCGCCCAACCGCGUGUGA